AUGGUGAGCGCCAACGACAAUACGGAGCCGAUCGUUCCAAUGCAUCAGCUCACCGGCCUCUUGGGGUGUGAAGUAAGAUGGAAAGGCCAGGAGUUGGAGGUCAUUCACCCAGACCGUGGCAAGCUGCCUGUUCAGCACUCAGGAGGCUGUCCACAGGUAACAAGAGCACUUGCCAUUGACCUCAUCUCGGAGAUUGAGGACCGAGUCCAAGGCAUUGGCACUGAGAAGAGCCAGUUCACAGAAGAAGAAGGUUGGAUGAGGAAGCUGGUACAAGAGCACCCAGUACUCAAAAGCCUUCCGCCUUGGAUUCAAGAGAGGCUGGUGGUAUCCCCAGGAGAAUGGUCUGGGCUGCCGCUAAACAGAAGGAUCAGGAGGAGGUUGAGACAAGAAGGUUUUGUCCUCCACCUCUAUGCAGGCGAAAAAGAAGGGUUCAGCUUGCAGAGAGCCCUCAAACAGGUUGGAGGAGAUGAAGCGAAGCUGCUGGAGAUUGACAUCAAAAGAGGUCCUGGGCACGACAUGCUCAGUGACACCAAGGUGUAUCCCAGUCUACUACGAGCAGCACUUGAAGGAAAGUUGAAGGCGGUCCUAGGAGGGCCCAACUGCAGAACACGAAGCAAGAGCUGUGCCAAGAUCUCCAACUCAAAAGAUCUGGCGAGAUGGCCACCAGGUCUGAUGCACAUGAUGGCCACAGCCAUCGUCGAACAAGUUUUGCACCAGGAAGUGCAAAUCAAAGUUCUGUCAUGGCAAGAACACUUAGCAUACAACCACCUGCCGUACCGACGUGACUGCAGGGUGUGUCAAGAGUCCCUGCAGCAGGCAGAUCUCCAUCGGCGGGUUCGCAACCCGAUGGGAGGUAUCCUCAGCAUCGAUGUUGCUGGUCCAAUGAAGCCAGCAUAUGAUCAAGGAGGAGGACAAGCACGGUGGAUCUUGGUGGGGGCAUUGUCAUGGAGAGUCCCACGGGGAUCCACAAAGAUGAACCAGCCAACAGAAGAAGCAUUAGAAGCAGAUGCUCCAGAGAUCGAAGAAGGCCAGGCAGAAGAAGAAGACCAGGCAGAAGAAGAUGGCCAAGAAGAAGAAAGUGAAAGGCAGCAGCAAGGGGAGGUUGGCGGAGGCGUAAGUCGGGGUGGAGGAGACCCCGGCAAUCGCCCGCCCGGCGGUGACGGACGUCAGGGUGGAGGAGACCCUGGCAAUCGCCCGCCCCCAGGUCGAGGAGUAAGUCGGGGUGGAGGAGACCCCGGCAAUCGCCUCCCUGGUGAAGGAGCACGUGAGGGUGAAGAAGACCCGGCACAGCUCCCUCCCAACAUAGAAGAAGAAACUGAGCUGCGUGUCUUUCGAAUGGCCCUGCCGAUGGUGACGAAGACAGCCAAAGAGGUCACCCGAACCACCAUGGAAUUCCUGCUUAGGCUCAGAGCAGAUGGGUAUCAAGUGCACAGAAUCCACUGCGACAGAGGCCACGAGUUCGCAGGUGAGUUCAAAAGAUGGGCCAAUGCGCGGGGAAUUCACAUAACCCGCACACCGGGUGAUGAUCCGAGAGGAAACGGAAGGGCCGAGGUUGCAGUGAAGGCGAUCAAAACCCAGAUCAGAAGAACUUUGAGCCAGGCCUGCGAAGACUCCAAAUGGUGGCCAUGGGCGUGCCGCUAUGUGACAGAAAUCAACCGAUGUGUGAGGUUGGAUGAGAAGCCGGAAUGGCCAAGGUUUCUGAAGGAAGUUCGAGUGAAGAAGAGAAGAUGGAAGAGAGGAGACUUCGAAGUUGGAGUCGAGAAAGUUCAGUACCUAUGUCCAUCGACAGAGGACCAUGGACAUUGGGUAUACAAAGAGGGCGAAGCACCAAGGGUGACAAAAUGCCUGAUGAGGCCAACAGAAGAACCCCUGGACGAGAGUGUCUGGGUUGCCAUCGAGAAAGAGAUGGUAGACGCACUGGUGCUUCGAAGAAGAUUGAGGCAGAAGACAUCAGUGAGGAGGUUGGAUGCUUCGAUGAAGGCACCCAAAGAGGAAGAUGAUCAAAGGAAGAAGAUCCGAGAUCGGAUCAUGAAAGUGGUAGAAGAAGAGGCUCGGCAGAUCAUAGAGGAUGAUCCUGAGCUGGCAUCUGAGGAGCUCAAGAUUGUGGCAAAAUUGAAGAAGAUGGCAGAAGGAAUUGAAAUGGAGGAAGAAGAAGUACUCCAAACGAAGAUAGUGGGACCGAGAGAGGUCGCCGCUAAAUGGAAGGAUUGGCUUCCGGCCAUUGAAGCAGAAGUACACUCCUUGGUGGUAGAAAAGGAGGCCUUGAAGAUGCUGUCAAAGGAGGACUUCAAGGAGUUGAAAGAAGCAACAGAGAGAGCAGGCACCAAGCUGGAAACAGUUCCUUCAAAGAUGGUGUUCACCGUCAAGCCUGGACCUGAUGGUGGAAGACCCAAGGCAAGAUGGGUCGCAUGCGGGAACUAUGAGUCCAAAAAGGAUGAUGAGAACAACUACUCAAGUGGCGCAGAUGCCACAGCGUUCAGAGUCUUGGUUUGGAAGUCAGCGAAGGAGCAGUGGGUGGGUGUGGUGAUUGAUGUGAAGACAGCAUUCCUGAAUGCAGCGAUGGAUCAGAAAGGAGACGAAGGAAUCCUUCUGAUCAAACCACCAACCAUCCUGGUGGAAAAGCAGUUUAUGACCAAAGAGGCUCUUUUCUUGCCACUCCGUGCUGUAUAUGGCUUCCGAAGAUCUCCAAGACUUUGGGGAGAUCACAGAGAUAGCGUCAUGAAGACCAUCAAGAUCCAGUUCGUCAGCUCUGGUCAAGCCGUGGAGCUAGUCUUGGAGCCCCUGGAGUCAGAACCCAACUUGUGGAAGGUAGUCAAGGCCGAGGGGGAGAAACAACGAGAGCUGGAAGAAGAGUUUCAACUGUAUGGCAUGGUCAUGACGUACGUGGAUGACAUUUUCAUCUCUGGCUGUCAACCAGUUGUGGAGGCGCUCCUGAAAGAGUUUCAAAGCAUCUGGGCCACUUCGAAGCCAGAGUGGGUUUCGUCAUCACCGGUGCGUUUCCUGGGCAUGGAAGUGACCAAGGAGGUGGACCCUGAGACACAACGAGAAGUAUGGCUCAUAACACAGGAGUCAUACAUCAAAGAUCUCGUGAGCCGUCAAGAAGAAGAAGUCAAAGAGAAGAAGAUUCCAAUAUCACGAGAUCAAGCAGCCAUGGAGGUUGAUGAGGAGCCUCCCAGCAUAGAGAGGGUCAGAAAGUGUCAGAAAGCGGUAGGAGAAGUGCUCUGGUUAGUCACUAGAACCAGACCGGACAUAAUGUUUUCAGUAGCCCGCAUGGGUGCGAACGUCACUCGCGCCACCAGGAAAGUGAUGGAAGCAGCUUCACAACUCUGGGGCUUUCUGAAAAAGACAAGUGCAGAAGGCUUGAGGUAUGAGGAAGAGACAGAAGAAGAACCGGUUGUCCAGGUGUAUACCGACGCGUCCUUCGCGCCGGAAGGUGAAGAGUCACACGGCUCUUACCUGGUCAUGGUCAAUCGAUGUCCGUUGUUCUGGCGAUCUGGUCGUCAGGCAUCAGUGACGCUCUCAACUGGCGAGGCAGAGCUGAAUGAGCUGGUGGAGGGACUCAAUGCAGGAGAAUCAGUAGCAGUGCUGAUAGAAGAAAUCCAAGCUGGUGUCAGAAAAAUGGCUUGGACUGACAGCUCAACAGCAGUGAGCAUCCUCACCAGUGAAGGAGGCUCUUGGAGAACGAGACAUCUCCGUUUGCGCUCCUCCUACGCCAGACAGGCGAUCUUGGGAGGAGAAUGGGGUCUCAACCACUUGCCAGGAGAAAAGAUGAUCGCAGACAUCGGCACCAAAGCAUUGACUUCUACAAGAAUUGAAACACUCAAGUCAAUGAUGGGCAUGGGGAAGAAAAGAAAAGAGGAGGAAGUAGGAAAAGAAGCGAACCUGCCAGCAGAGAAGCAGGUUGCAUCAACUGAGCAGGCCAUUGCAGCUGUUCGCCUGAUCACUCUGGUCGCCAUGAUGUCCGUGGCCAAGGGUGAAAAACAAGAGGAGGAAGAUAUGGAAAGUUUCAAUGCGUUUCACUGGAUGGUCGCGGCGUAUACCGUGAUGGUCAUCGUCGCCACCAACACUGUUCAGGCUGUUUGGAAGGUCGCAGUAAGGAUGAGACAGGGAGAGACCGAAGAGCCUCAAUCCCGGAAUUCCCGAAGUCGCCCCAACAGCCAAGGAAAAGAUUGCGCGACGCUGCUGGACAGGGGGAUCAUUCCAGGUGAUGCGGUUGAGGGUAGAGGAGACCCAAACCAGCUCCCUGAAGCAGGUGAGGCGGCUAAGGAGAGCCAGCCCCCUGAGGCAUGUGUGGCAGUUCCGGGUGGAGGAGACCCAGGACGGGCCCGUGCCGGCCAUGGUGGCCCUUCAGGUGCGGCAUCAUCAGGCCAAACCCUUGAUUCCCUGAUCCAGCAGCAGAUCGCAGAUGAUGAACGUUGGGAAAGAGAAUGGAGAGAGCUAGAAAGAGAUGAAGCUAUGAUUCAAAGAGAGCUGAAUACACCAGGGAGCGCACUGUGGACAGAAGAUGAUCCACCUGAACCAGCGACUGACUUUGAUGUCUACUAUACACAGUAUGGAGCUGUGUACCAUCAAGAUCGAGCAUGUGGCCACCUGAAAGGGCCCAAGGUUGGACAGGUGUUUGAAGGAAGAUGGUGUCGAACGUGCCAAAAGAAAGCGGGUCGUCAAAACAAGGCUCCGCUACCAGGAAAAGAAAUUUUGCUUGGAAAGUCAGUCAGAAUUUUCCACACAGAUCUCCAGUGUCCAAAAGGAAGAAAGAAUGAGAGAACUCCAGUGUGUCAAAGCUGCGGAGUGAAGAACACAUAG